AUGGUUGUCACAAUCAAAAAUGAUAAAAAGCGAAAACUUGAUUCGGAACAGCCAGCUGACUCCAUAGAAAACAAUACAAAACCUGAAAACGUUUCUGAAAAUGAAAAUGAAGAGGACGAGGACGAUGACGAUGAUGAAAUUGUCAAUGUCGACUUUGACUAUUUCAACUUUAAAGAAAUUGACUUUCAUUCUACUAAAAACCUUUUGAGACAGCUACUAGGACCUGAUAGUAUCCAGUUUGACCUUUCUUCACUUUCUGAUCUCAUCAUUUCACAAACCUCACUAGGGUCCACCAUCAAAACCGAUGGCGAAGACUCUGAUCCUCUUGCAAUUUUAACUGCAAUCGACCUUAAAGGUGAACCAACAAAAUGUGCCACUGCUAAGCAUGCUCUUAUUGAUUACUUUAUUGCCAAAACUCAAGACUACCCAAAGUUCAACCGCAAAAUUAGACAGAUUGUGUCUCAAGCUUCUCAAGAUAAAGUCGGACUUGUCUUCAGUGAACGACUUAUCAACAUGCCCACAGAGGUUGUCCCACCAAUGUACAAAAUGCUUCAACAAGAACUUGAAGCUGAUUCAGAAAAAACUUUUGACUACCUGCUUAUUCUUUCAAAAACCUUCCAAGAAGAAGAGUCUCAGCUUGACAAGGAGGAACGUAUCUCAACUAAAAAAUCAAAACGAAGCCCAGAUACCAAAAAGGAAUCCUAUUUCUUUCACCCAGAGGACGAAGUUACACAGGAUCACGCUCUUUACUUCCACUCUUUUAAAUACUCAAAAGAACCACAAGCUUCCGACUCAAAACGUGCCUUUUACGAUUAUGGUAUUUUCCCACAAGGCCACCUCAUCUUGGUGAAAACCGAUAAGCUUUCUGAACUUGUUCAAGAUUUAGAAACUAGAAUACCCCCAUUUUAA